AUGGCUUAUAGGGCGCCGUCGCCGUUUGCGCCAGAAAAUCAGAUUUAUCGCAGUCACAGUCCCGCACCUCAAGUUGCCAAUUAUCGCGCUCACAGCCCUGCGCCGCCUGCCGCUAAUCAGAUCUCGCCAGGCUCUAUAACCUACACCACAUCCACUGGACCUGAUGGUCAACUCAUCUACCAUCCAUUCAAUUAUCAAACCCCUACCGGAAUCGUGAGCGGUAUUCAAUGGAUCCCUGCUGAAGCGACGGAGAUCUUGCCUGCUGGGGCUCAACCAGCGACUGAGGAAUUUGCCGCAUCAUGGCAGCGAGGGUAUCUUUCUAAAGACGAGCAGAGGAGCCUCAAGGACUGGCAGAAGGAAGAGGAGAAGCGACGCCGCAAAGAAGAGAAGGAAGCUGCAAAGCGCUUGAAGAACCGUGACGAGCAAGGCGAGCUUCACAAAGCUCGCGCCAUGGACGCCAUGGCGCGCGAACGCAGAAAGAGCUUCAAUGCCGGAGGGGUCUCACCCAUGGCUUUCCCCACGAGCAUCUCUCCCAGUGGUGGCUACAGCAAUGUUUACGCGCCUGCGCCCGCACCUGGUACUGGCGGAGUCUACGACAGGGAUCGGUAUAAUCGCGAACGCAAAUACAGCAAUAGCGGCGUUGGUGGUCUCAACCAGCAAUUCGGUGACCUCGACAUCGACCGGGAGCGAAUGGAGCAAGUGCAGUAUGCAGAACGCGAGCGCAAGCUCAGUAACUCGGCCCUUGGGCGGCCUCGCAAGUACAGCUUCAACGAGCAAGAAAGACUCAGGAAGGUCAGCGGUAAUAUGGGCGAUCGCCCGACGUAUGCUGUCCCUGGGGCGUACAGCCCGGCCACGGGGGGACCAUAUGUCAACCCUCGGCCUUACCCCGCUGCGGGCCCUCCAGCGACGUAUCCUAUGUCUGGGCCGCCGUACCCAAGUGCUUCCCCCAAUAUGCGGCCUUCUUCUCCUUACGCUCCAGGUGGAACUAUGGCCACAGGAUACCCCGCACCAUCUUACCCACCACCUUCCCCAAGGCCAGGGGACGCCUACCAACGAUCUACAACUCCCUUCGGAGGGCCUCCUGGAGCUGGCGGGAUAUAUCCGCAAGGCCACAUACUCGCGGGUCAGCCGGUUGGCUCGGUGCAACAGCCUAUACCUAGAUCCAGGGCGACCACACCCAUUCCUGGUGGGGCACCCGGCGGCUACCAGCCAUACCCACAGUCCAAUAUUGGUGCUUCGCCCCGCAUGCCCAACGCCAUCGCAUUCCCGAGUGAUCAGUCUAGGCUAGAAGCACCGCAAGGGUUCUCAAGGCCGAUCAAUGCCGCCCAGUCCUUCACUCCCUUCGAAGCAAUGAAGAUUUUGGAGAUGGAUGAUAUUUUGGAACACCUGCCCAGAAUGCCGCUUGUCCUGCAAACGCAUGACGUUCUGCUUGAAGAUUGGCUGCGCAUGACGCAGGAUUUAUCCCUUGCUUGGGCUGGUCGGCUUCCAGUACCUGGAAACAACAGGCCUGCGAAGCGCUCUACUCUUGCCGCGGAUUUGCUCGAUCUAUGGAACGGGUCAUUCUUCCAAGCCCGGGGUGUCGAGCUCGUCCUCUAUAAAGGUCGCGAACGCCGAACUGGUCAACGCGCUGGAACAGUUGACCGCGUCCUUCCCGGAUAUGAUGACGAUGAUGACUCUGACGAAACUUCCUCUUCUUCCUCCGAGUCCGAUGACUCGGACGAUGAUCCAUAUGCUGGAUCUCAAGGAGUGUAUGGUCGGCAGGGAAUGCCGCCUCCUGAGGUUAUGGAAGCUAGGCGUCGACAGAAAGAGAAGAAGUUGGAGAAAAAGAGACGUCGAAAGGAAAGGAAGGCAAGGCGCAAGGCGAAGGCGAGAGACAAGAAUUAUGGUGGCAAUAACCCUAUGGCCGGCCCUCCCGUUGGUGCUUUACCUGGAGGAGGUUCUUCUUACCCCGGGAUGGUUGGCACUCCUUCCCCUCAUCAGGGCCUUGGCAUGGGCCAUUACUAG